AUGCUUACCGCGGGUCCGACGGCUGCGCCCCGGAUGUCUCAAUCCUUGGAGCGGGCUCCUGACCUGCGGCGCACGCCUGCCGCUCUUGCACAGACGUGCCUGGUGAAUUUGAAUGCGAGGGCACGCCACAAUAGGCGCGUGAUAGAGUUGUGCGGGGGAAGACCGAUCGGCCAGGGCGAGCGUGCAGGGUGCAGGUCGUCCUGCGCCCUCGAGAUUCGCGUGGACGCGUCGCAGGCGUCGCAGCGCAGCAGUGUGAGCUCUUCAGCCAGCGUGCUGCCAUCCGGUGGAUGCAUGAGCACGCCCGAUGCGCAGACGGGCUCACGCGACGUGCAUCUAAUAGAGAAACACUGGCCGCGGGCGUCGCGAUACGUGGCCUUGCCGCACGCCAGGCUGCACGCAUGCACCUUCAUUACGACCGUGGGUAACACCCGUCCCAGCAUUUGGGCGCGCGCUGAGGUCCUCGAUGUCAGGAUGGCUGCUGCGCGAAGACCCGAAGAUGCCCACCCCGAGGAAAAGAAGUCGCCCCUGGGAACAUCCGCAAUUGGUAUUGCCUUGGACAAAGCGGGCCUAUGCUGGUUGCUGGUUGACACAGACAUGACGACGUGUGAGGAGGCUCAUAGCUGCAAGCACUUCGACUAUGGGUGUCGUGAUCAGGCACGGACGGAGCAGCGGAGGGAAAACGAGACCCAGAUCCUGCGAAGGCGGCGGAAGCCGCCAGGCACAUGUGUCCGCUCACUCGCCGGUAGUCUACCUCCGCGGGGCAAGCGCACUGAACACGCUGCACCGUGUGUAUAUGCGCGCGCGCGCGGUGUCGCGAAACGGGGUAGUCCUUGGGCGAAGAUUGGGAUUGUGGGAGAAGAUGGCGUGUCGCGAGGGAUCCACCAAACGCUUGCCAGGCUUGUGUGGGCGUUCCGGGAUUGA